GACAAACAAGUUGUUAAAGUUGCAUACUCACAGAACUAGCUAGCCAAAGUCAUUUCAUCAUCUAUUUAGCUAAUCAUGUUGAAGAUGAUAAGGAGAAACGAAAGCAAAGUAAAUCCUGGUCAGGCUAACGAUGUUGCUGAUCAUGACCAGAACUCUGCAGUGGAAAAUUCUCUCACCAAGCAACCUGAGAUUCAGCUACAAAGAAGUAAGUCAUGUGGUGAAGGAAGAGCAAGUGCACCUUCAGAAGAACUUUCUCUUAGGCUAUCUAAACCAAAUGCUACUGAGAGAAAUAGUAUUAGGAGUCGUAACAACAUGGAUCCUAGUGAAAAGGCAUUCAAAUGUGGUCUCUUGUGCCUGUUCUUUCCAUUGUUUGGUAAGGGAAAGUUAGCAAAGCCCAAAAGAGAAGAAGCAAUGAUGAUAGAAGAAAUCAUAUCCAGGACAGUUUCCUUAGAGAAAUUCGAAUGUGGGUCAUGGGCAUCAUCGGCUAUAUGUCGCGGCAGCGAGGAAGGUGGAGACUCCAAGCAUCUCUACUUUGAUCUUCCAUUGGAGUUGAUUCGAAACAGCAAUGUGAACGAUGAUGCAAAUUCACCAGUUAAAGCAGCUUUUGUCUUUGAUAAAGACCGCAAAGGAAUUCUCAAGAAUUGCUCCACAAAAGCAGUAACAACCAAAAAACCAGACGAAUCAACUGGCCGCCAUGUUCGUUUUCCUACAUCGUGUCCUGAGUCGCCAGUUUUAUGCAUUUCACCUCGCUUGCUCAAGGCAAGGGAGGACUUCAAUGCUUUCCUAGAAGCUCAAAAUAAAUAAAAAGUAUCAUGAAAUCUCAGUAUGUAGCACUAAGUACUUCUUUUGUUCUCUGUUUUUUUUUUUUUUUUUUUUUUUUUUCAAUGAUGCAUUUGUGUUUUGGUCAUUUUCCUUUUAAUUUUUUGGUGGCCAAAAUGCUAGCAGUGUGUCUUUUGGUUGUUUUAGCACCUUAGUGGACCAGUGUAUGAUAUUUUUGAAGGUCAUUUAUCCAUAUCAAUAUAUAUCUUGCUUACAGAUAGUAUUAAGAUUCAAGUUCAA